UACAUGUGCUUCCUGUUCCACGUUUGUUUUCGCCGGUGAAUAGUAGCAGACAACUCCAUUGAAGUUAUCCACUCACUUGACACUUCGUGAAGGCGGAACAAAUAAUAUUCUUGUUCACGAUAAGAGAACAAUUGAACCACGAUGUAUUUUAAUUCACUUGCAGCGCUACUUUGCUUAUUUUGUGUUGUUGUGUGCUCAGCAAAGAAACCAAUUACAAAAGACAACUGUGAAGUAUGUGUAACAGUGAUAGACAAAUUUGAAAAGACGCUAAAAGAUGAAGAUAGGAAAGAUGGACCAAAACUAGAAAAACUUUUCAUGAAGUUCUGCAAAGACCUAAGAGGGAAGGAGGAGAGAUUUUGCUAUUACAUCGGUGGUUUGAAAACUUCAGCAACCUAUAUUCUUGGAACAAUGUCAAAGCCCAUGAAGUCCUUCAUGCCUUCCACAAAAAUUUGUGAAAAACUGCGAGAUGCUGAUAACCAAAUUUGUGAUCUGAAAUAUGAUAAACAGAUUGAUUUAACGAAAGUAAAUCUGAAGAAACUGAAAGUCAAGGAUUUAAAGAAGAUUCUCUCAGACUGGGGAGAGGAUAAUGCUUGCAAAGGAUGUGCAGAGAAGUCUGAUUUCAUCAAGAAGGUAGAGGAGCUCAUGCCCAAAUACGCACCAGAGGCAGCCAAGAAACGGGAAGAAUUAUAGACAAACAGAAUUCACCGUCCAGAUCCAUUCAUCAUUAUUAGCCAACCAUCUCUAAACUGUAAAGUUUCGCAAUUAAGACAAAAUGGCAUGUUUGUCAUGAUAUCAUAUGGAUUUAUUUUGAAGAAGCAAACAGUAGAUUAUACUUUGUUAUGAAUGAUAUAUGUCUAUCUAUAAACUUUACAUCAUUAUAAAUUAAUUCACUACCAGUACCUACCUCUGGGGGAUUGUGAGGAGGACAACUAACAUACUGGUACCACUUUUGAUUUUACCAUUCUAAAUUACUCUAGGUUUUACAUCAAUGUUUAAUAUACAUAAAAAUAAGAGUUAUCAAUGCGAUUCUUAUUUUAUUUAAUCACAGAAGAGUGCUGCCCAGCAUAAUAAGGUCAUUAAUAUUGAAAAGGGUGCAUAUUGUAAGCUACAUGUAUGUAACUCAAAGUGAAAGUGUGAAACUUACUUGUCAUGAUCAAACAGGUCUUUCCAUUGUAGAUUUGUGUUGUAUCGAAAGUUUUAUUUGAUUUUAUUUGAUUUAUUUUUUUUUCUGCAAAUUUAAUAAUGAGGUAGUGCAACAUAUUCUAAAUGUCAAGGGAAGAAAGGGACCGACUGAUAGAAAACUGAAUGUAACUUUUAGUAAUUUAGGAAACAUUGCAUUUUAUUUCAGUGAUCUCUGAAGUAGAUUGAAAUUUCCAUCAUUUUGCUUAACAGAAUAUGAUUCAGGUCCAUGGGUGUGAUAGAGUACGCAUGGUAUGGCUGUUUGUUUACAGAUACACAGAUUUUUUCUAUUGCACUUAAGUAGGAUUAUUUCAAUGUUGUGAUACUAUUGUACAACAGUUGGUAGUAUUGUGUGACUGUACAGUUUGAAAGUGAGGGUGAUGCAUGUUGAGAAGUUGAGUACAUUGAGAGUAUUUGUUUUUGCCCUUGUUUAUGAAUAAAUUAUUUAUAUAAUA